GAAGAAAAUGCGUUUGGAAGACUCCAUAAUAUUUUCUUCUUCCAGUUUAAUUAGCUUCAACUCCAUCACCAAAUUCUUGCAAAAAUGUUCCCAAAUAAAGAGUCUAAGAGCCACCAAAAUCCUUCAUGCUGUCUUACUUAGGAAAGGCUUGUUUUCUGUUUCACUCAAUAUCCACAGCGAACUCAUUUUCACAUAUGCCGCAUGCCUGGAAAGCAAAACCAGCAUUAAAAUCUUAACCAAUUACUUCAAAUCCAUAAACCCCCCAAACCCAUUGCCCUUUAAUGUAAUAAUAUCUGAUUUUUCAAAAAAUGGGUUUGCGUUUUUUGCACUAAAAACUUUUUCUUUUAUGCACUUUAAUGGCAUUUCUUUGGAUACUUAUGCUUUGUGUAGUUCCAUAUCAGCGUCAUCUUCAUUGAAGAAAGCUGAAUUUGGUAAACAAAUUCAUUCUCACGUGGCGAAAUCAGGUUGGACGUCGAGUGUCUUUGUAGGCAGUGCUCUAGUUGAUUUAUAUGCAAAAUCGUCACUUAUCGCCGAUGCAGCUGUGAUGUUCGACGAAAUUCCUUUUAAGAACUCCGUUUGUGCAAAUGCACUUUUAUCAGGAUUUUGUGAGGCUAAGUUGUGGAUUCAGGGACUUGUACUUGUUAGGAAGAUGCCUGGAUUGAAUUUGGAUUAUGACCAUUUUACUUUAUCGGCUAUGUUACGUGCAUGUGCAGGGCUUUCGGCUAUUGAAUUGGGGAGGCAAGUGCAUGGAUAUUUAUUCCGUAAAUUUUAUAAUUUGGUGGAGGAUGUAUUUCUGCAAAGUUCAUUGAUUGAAAUGUAUGGAAAAUGUGGGUUGGUGAUGCAAGCUUUCCAAGUUUUCAGUUUGGCAGGGCUGAGAUUGGGGAGGGAGAAAAGAAGGGAUGUUGUUCUUUGGACUUCAAUGCUUGGUGUGUAUGGAAGAAAUGGACACUAUGAAGACUUGAUUUUGUUAUUUAAAGAGAUGUUGAGGGAGGGUAUUAAGCCUGAUGAGGUGGCAUUUGUAACAGUCAUCUCAGCCUGUGGUCACACUGGACAAAUAAGACUAGGCCUUGAGUAUUUUGAUUGCAUGACUCAUGUUUACAAGUUGAUUCCUGGUCCAGAGCACUACAGUUGUGUGGUUGAUCUACUAUGUAGGGCUGGUGAGUUAGAGAAGGCAAUGAAGGUGGUCAAUGAGAUGAUGCUUCAGAAAGGCCACAACAAUGGCAGUGUUUCCUUAUGGGUGGCUUUACUUAGUGCUUGCAGUGAUCAUGAAAAUGUUGAGUUGGGUAAAUUUGCUGCUCAAAAGGCACUCGAGUUGGAUCCUCAGAAUGUUGGAGUUUAUGUUAAGCUAUCAAAUUUAUACGCUAGGUUAAGAAUGUGGGAUGAGAUUGGUCAGUUAAGGGAGACAAUGAAGCAGAGAGGAUUAAAGAAAGAUACCGCAUUUAGUUGGGUAGAAGUCAGUGGUUGAAUAGAGCAGGUAUCAGUCAUGAAGGAGACAUGUAGGAUGUAAAUGGUUUCAUUUGAAUGAACAUGUGGGAUUCUGAAGCAUGCAGUUUAGAAGGGUGAAUACGUUGAUAACUUCAUGUUACAACAUGCUUUGGAGGAAACUGCAGCAUCUUCAUUUUGGCUGCUUUUAUGGAGCUUGCAAGGAUUGUGUUGUAUAAAUUAUGUUUAGUGCACAUCAUUUUCACGUUAGAAUUCCAAAGCUUUAACCUUAUGAACACGGCCAAGAUUUCAUAGGCAUAAAAGUUUGGAAUUAAAUUCCAGUUUGGGGCAAUUUAGUUUGUUCCUUAUUUCUCUGUCGGGGCUGCUGGGCCAACUACAAAAGGGCCAGACUCAAGCUGGCCAAUCCUACUGAACAUAACAUUAAAAAUAAGGGCCUUUUAGUCAUUCUAUGGUGCACUUGUUCGUCUGUCACAUUACAUGUUGCUCUAUUAUUGGCUAAAAUCAUGAGUGUUAUAGAAACCUCACUUACGCAAUCAAUUCCUCAAACCCCAUGCCCUGCAAACCAGGCACUGUAACUAAGGUGAAAGAAAAACCCUAAUUUUCUUUCUAGUUGAACCUUGAUUUCUCACGAGGUUGAGCCGAUUUUCUUACAUGAUAUGAUAGAUACUUCAUUGUCGAAAAAGAAAGAUCCAGAUCAGCCGGAGAUUAGCUUGCCCACGCUCAAAUCACAGCGCACCAAAAUGGGCAAAUCCGAAGACAGUGAAAAGAAGAAGAAGAUCAAAGAUGUUGAAAUAAGUGUUCCUAUCGUAUAUGGUAAUGCUGCAUUUUGGCUUGGUAAAAAGGCAAGCGAGUAUCAAUCGCACAGAUGGACUGUGUAUGUUCGUGGGGCAACGAAUGAGGAUCUUAGUGUGGUUGUAAAGCGGGCUGUUUUUCAGUUGCAUUCCAGUUUCAAUAACCCAACAAGGGUUGUGGAGUCUGCUCCAUUUGAGUUAUCAGAAUCAGGGUGGGGCGAAUUUGAGAUUGCCAUUACACUAUUCUUCCAUAACGAUGUUUGUGAGAAGCCCUUGAACUUAUAUCAUCAUCUGAAGUUAUACCCAGAAGAUGAAUCUGGCCCCAUGUCGACCAAAAAACCUGUUGUUGUGGAAUCCUAUGAUGAGGUUGUAUUCACAGAACCGUCAGAGAGUUUUUUAGCUCGUGUGCAGAAUCAUCCAGCAGUAACCUUCCCCAGGUUACCAGCUGGUGUUACUUUACCACCCUCGGUAUCAACUGAAGAUGAAAGUAAAAAGAAGAGAGGUGACACUAAGGACCAUCCCCUAAGCCAGUGGUUCUUGAAUUUCUCUGAAGCAGAUGAGCUAUUACAACUUGCAGCUGCUCGUCAGCAGGUACAAGCUCAUAUUGCUAAGCUCAGGCGACAAAUUAGCUUGACCGACGGGCAGAAUCAACAGUUCAAACCACUCUGAAUAGUGAAUUUACAGUAGUCUUGGAAAUUUUGAGACUUCCACUUCCAGUUUAAAUUGAUUUUGCGGCAAAGGCACGUGAUGGCAUAGUAAUGUAACUGAGAUAUGUAUUUUCUAAGACUUUGCUGAGUUUUGUCUUGUUUUCUUCCUUUUCAUGGCUUUUGAGCUCUGAACUAAUAAAAGCAUGGCAAAAGGAACAGUAUCUACUAUUUCUUUCUUUAAUAGAAGGUAAAUUCACUAAUUAAAAAAACACCAGUUUCUGCUAGUUCUCCUUGAAGAUAUACAAGUAUAUACUGCCUGAAAGUAAAAUAUAGUGGAAAAUAAGAACUAGUCCUUAAAUUUUAGUUUUUUGCAGUUUUCUGAUAAGAUGCAGUGCUACAGUUCACUGUCAUGCUAGGAAAACUCAUGACAAUGAUUUAGUCUAAUCCCAAAAGACUAAGAGUUUAAAGUGGCAAUAAGUUAUUUUUGAGGGACAGAGGAACAAACCAAGAACUAUGGGCACAAUAUUUUAACUAUUAAAUGUAAAAUAAGCAUGUUGAUAAAGAUUAAAAUCACGUCUUUUGUAAAUAUGACCAGCUAAGAAAAUUUCAUAUCAUCUUCUUUUUGCUUUUAAUGGUCUUUGUUUAUUUGGUUAGGUUAUGGCCAUUUGCCAGAGGAUGCGUGGCUGAUGAAUCUUUACCAUUCUGCUAUCAGUAUAUCAGUUUCUGGUUAUAGAUGGUUCAAUUUUUUUUGUGUGUGUGUUAUUUCUGAAGCACCUCAAACCGACUACUUGAUUGAUUACUUUUGUUUCAAUGUUACUUUGGAAGUGGUAGAAUUUGGCUUUCAAACUUGUAUCAUUAUCUACCAGACUGCCAUUUCUUGUACUGGAAAUGCAUCAUUAGAUCUGAAACUUUCAAUAAAGCUGCCUGAUCAAAGGGCCUUUCCCCAGGUACUAAAAA